AUGGAUACUGAAGGCUUUGGAGAGCUUCUCCAGCAGGCAGAACAGCUUGCAGCUGAGACAGAAGGUAUCUCUGAGCUCCCUCAUGUGGAACGCAACCUGCAGGAGAUCCAGCAGGCUGGGGAGCGCCUGCGUUCCCGCACUCUGACCCGCACUUCCCAAGAGACUGCAGAUGUGAAGGCGUCUGUUCUUCUCGGGUCUAGAGGGCUUGAUAUAUCUCACAUUUCUCAGCGACUAGAGAGUCUAAGUGCAGCCACUACAUUUGAGCCUCUUGAACCUGUGAAGGACACUGACAUCCAGGGAUUCCUGAAGAAUGAAAAAGAUAAUGCCUUGUUGUCAGCUAUUGAAGAGUCUAGGAAGAGGACUUUUGCUAUGGCUGAGGAAUAUCAUCGAGAAUCAAUGCUGGUUGAAUGGGAACAGGUGAAACAAAGGAUUCUUCAUACCCUGCUUGCAUCAGGGGAAGAUGCUCUCGAUUUCACCCAGGAAAAUGAGCGUAGCUACGUUGGUGAGUUGGGUCCUCCAGGUCGCAGCUCUUUGGACAAUGUGGAGAUGGCGUAUGCUCGUCAGAUUUAUGUUUAUAAUGAGAAGAUAGUGAACGGACACCUGCAGCCUAACCUGGUGGACCUUUGCGCUGCUGUUGCAGAACUGGAUGAUAAGAACAUCUCUGAGAUGUGGGCCAUGGUGAAACAAAUGACCGAUGUUACCCUGGUUCCUGCUAGCGAUGCCUUGAAAGUCCGGACCAACAUGGAGGUGCGUAUGGAGUUCGUGAGGCAGGCUCUGCACUACCUAGAACAAAGUUACAAAAAUUACACCUUUGUGACAGUCUUUGGCAACUUGCACCAGGCGCAGCUGGGUGGAGUCCCAGGGACCUACCAACUAGUCCACAGCUUCUUGAACAUCAAACUCCCUGCGCCUGUCCCUGGUCUCCAGGAUGGUGAGGUGGAAGGCCAUCCUGUCUGGGCACUGAUUUACUACUGCAUGCGCUGUGGAGAUUUGACUGCAGCCAUGCAUGUGGUGAAACGGGCACAGCACCAGCUGGGAGAGUUCAAAACCUGGUUUCAGGAGUACAUGCACAGUAAAGAUAGAAGACUAUCUCCUGCCACAGAAAAUAAACUGCGUCUUCAUUACAGACGAGCUCUGAGAAAUAAUACUGACCCGUACAAAAGGGCUGUUUAUUGUAUUAUCGGCCGUUGUGACAUUACAGAUAACCAGAGUGAAGUUGCUGAUAAAACAGAAGAUUAUCUUUGGCUAAAAUUGAACCAAGUGUGUUUUGAUGACAAUGGCGCAAGUUCUCCACAAGACCGACUAACGUUGUCACAGUUCCAGAAGCAGCUGCUAGAAGACUAUGGUGAAUCACAUUUUGCAGUGAACCAGCAGCCUUUCCUCUACUUCCAAGUACUGUUCUUGACAGCACAGUUUGAAGCUGCGAUUGCUUUUCUCUUCCGGACAGAGCGCUUGCGUUGUCAUGCUAUUCAUGUUGCAUGGUCCUGUUUGAGUUAAAAUUGCUCCUGAAAUCUUCUGGGCAGAGUGCGCAGCUAUUAAGCCAUGAGGCUGGUGACCCUCCUGGGAUCAGGCGUCUAAAUUUUGUGCGGCUUUUGAUGCUUUACACGCGUAAGUUUGAAUCAACAGAUCCAAGGGAAGCUCUGCAGUAUUUUUACUUUCUCAGGAAAGAGAAGGACAGCCAAGGCGAGAAUAUGUUCUUGCGUUGUGUUAGUGAGCUAGUAAUUGAAAGCAGAGAGUUUGAUAUGAUUCUUGGAAAGCUGGAAAACGAUGGUAGUAGGAAGCCUGGAGUGAUAGACAAGUUUACAAGUGACACAAAACCCAUUAUUAACAAAGUGGCUUCUGCAGCAGAAAAUAAAGGAUUGUUUGAGGAAGCUGCAAAGCUCUAUGACCUUGCAAAG